AUGGCUCCUAAAGGUCUAGCGAUUAUCAUCGGGGCAGGUCCUAAUACUGGCACGGGGAUUAUACGUAUUCUCUCCAAGAAGUAUGCGGUAGCCAUGUGCGCUCGAAACAAAGAGUCUCUUUCAAAAAUUCAGAGCACGCUCAAAGAAUCUUCACCAGAGAGUGUGAUGGAAAUCUUCCCAACAUCCACAGACCCAGACUCACUCAAGUCCGCAUUUCAAGAUAUCCGCACGCACCAGUCAUUCAAAGACCUCAAGUUGAAACUAGCUGUCUACAGCAUCAAACACUCAUCGAAAAAGCCUUUCAUGGAGGAAACUUACAAGGAGUUCACAACUUCCCUAACCGAGUAUGUGGGCGGUGCCUUCGCUUUCGCUCAAGAAUCGGCGAAAUUAAUGUUCGAGCACCACGGUACGGCGCCUCUAUCCGAGACUCGUGAAAAGAAAGGCACUAUUAUUUUCACUGGAACGUUGGGAGCUAUGAGAUCUAAUGCAGAGUAUGCUGCUUAUGGUGCUGGCAGAGCGGGUGUGAGACAAUUGGCGCAGAGUUUAGGGAAGGAGAUGAGUCCGAAGGGAAUUCAUGUCGUGCAUACCAUCGCAAAUGGUGGAAUUGAGGACGCAGAUGGAGAUGCACAGGCUACAGGAACAAAGAUGAGUGCUGAUUCAGUGGGAAAAACUUAUCUGUGGCUGAGUGAACAGGAGCAAGAUUUGUGGACUAGUGAGUUGGAUAUGAGACCAGCUGCUGAGAAGUAUUAG